AUGUUUGAUGUAAUUGCUUUUCACGGACCAGAUAUCAUUGACAUGGAUGCAAAUAACUUACCCCAGAGAAGAUUGUACCAUCAAAAGUACGUAUUUGCAAGCAUAGAAUCAUCUGACAAUUACCCGUUAUGUUCUGCAAAUUAUGAUGGAUAUUUUAAUUGGACUUGGACUUACAAGCUUGAUUCAGAAGUGCGUUGGGGUUAUUUUGUAAUAAGAGAUUCUAAUAAAGAUAUUGUAGGUCCAAGAAAAAACAUGAAUUGGCUCAAUUGGUCCGAUAUGGCUGACGUCAACAAUGUAACGAAAAAAAUACUGAGGCGUAAAACGAAAGCUGUAGCGUGGUUUGUCUCUAACUGUAUCACUAAGAGUAGACGAGAAGGAUAUGUAAUGGGCCUUCAAAAGUAUUUAAAUCAAUAUGGCUUACAAAUAGAUAUAUAUGGAGCAUGUGGGGGUCUCGAAUGUGGUCGUGACAAGGAAGAAGAGUGUAAUAAAAUGAUAGAAACUGACUAUUACUUCUAUUUGGCUUUUGAAAAUGCUUUUAGUGAAGAUUACGUUACUGAAAAAGUGCUUAUACCCUUACAACAUAAUGCUAUACCUAUUGUAUAUGGAGGAGCUGAUUAUACCCGGUUUCUCCCACCGGAUUCCUACUUGGAUGCACGAGAAUUGGGCGUAUAUAAGUUAGGUGAUCAGAUAUACAAGCUCAUGCAAGACCCUGAAUUGUAUGCCCAUUAUUUCAAAUGGAAAAACCAUUAUUCAUAUCACAGAAUGUCAGAAAACGUAGAAACUGAUGAAUACUGUCAAAUGUGUGCUUUGUUAAAUAAUGAGAGGAAAAUGACACAGAUAUCAGUAUAUAAACAGUUUCAGAAGUGGUGGGACCCGCCUUCCGCUACCUGUUACUAG